AUGAGUGUCCGCUUAAUAGAUGGGGAUGUUCACGAGAUUUUAGAAUCUUUUAGAAUAUCCAAUGAAAAAUUAUUAAAGAUAAGUGAGAAGAUCUAUGGAGAAAUAAAGUUAGGACUUGCCAACAAAGACGGCUCUUCGAUCGCUAUGUUGCCGUCCUACGUUCCUGCUCUUCCUGACGGAACAGAAAAAGGAAAGUAUGUAGCUAUUGACUUGUCUGGUAAGAACUUGCGGAUUAUGCUAUUAACCCUACUUGGUCCUGGGAAAGAACCUAUCGCCGUUAACAACAACUACAUUGUGCCUAAUCAUGUUAUGAAGGGAACUGGAGAUCAGUUAUUCACUUUUAUUGUUAAUUGCCUGCAAAGGUUUCUGCAAGAGUUUGAGUUGGUUGAUGCAAAUCUCCCAAUAGGAUUUGUUUUCUCUUAUCCUUGCGAACUACUUUCAAUACGAUCAGCUCGUCUACUCUGGUGGACCAAAGGCUUCGAUAUUAAAGAUUGUUUGAAGAAAGAUGUUGUGCUACUCUUAGAAGAAGCUUUAGAAAUGAAUAUGUCUACUAAAGCUCAGAUUAAAGCAGUUAUGAAUGACACAGUUGGACAAUUAGCUGCUGCUAGUUAUAAAUAUGGAACAGAUUGUACAAUUGGGGUUGUCAUUGGUUAUGGAUGUAACGCCUCUUAUUUGGAAAAGACUGAGAAAAUCACAAAGUUUAACGCUCAAGAAGCUGGAUACACGCAUCCUAGUAUGGUUGUUGUUACAGAAUGGGAGGAGUUCGGAUCAAAAGGAGAUUUGGAUGAUAUCCUCACUCAAUUUGAUCGCGAAAUAGAUGAUGCUUCUGUUCAUCAAGGCAAGCAAAUUAUUGAUAAGCUGACAGGGGCUCUAUAUCUUGGUGAACUUGUUCGCCGUGUGUUAUCACAGCUUGUACUAGAUAGGGUAUUGUUCGAUGGGCAACCUUGCGAAAAACUGGAUGAAGCUGACACUUUCCCUACAAAAUACAUUAGUGAAAUCUUAAGCGAGGAAGAAGAGAGCUAUAAGACAUGUCGGAGAAUAUGUGAUGAACUGGAUGUUCCAAUGCACGGCUCAUCCGACUAUAUGAUAAUCCGAGAAGUUUGUUAUGUUGUCUCUCUCCGUAGUGCAAGCAUUGUUGCGGCAGCCAUCAGCGCCUUAUUGAGACAUUUGGAAAUUGAAGAAGUUAAGAUUGGAGUCGGUGGAGCACUCAUUCAAUUCCAUCCAACUUAUCACGAUUUAUUACAAAAGAAGAUGAGUGAUUUGGCUCCGAAAAAUGUUAAAUGGGAGCUUGUGCCUGCUGACGAAGGAAGUGCCCGAGGAGCAGCCUUAAUAGCAGCUGUUACUGAGAAAAUGCAACUCUGA